AUGGCAAUCCUAGAAGCAAUCAUUUACAGCCCAAACCACAAUAACCUCGACAUAGCUUUGCAACAGAAUAAUGUCGCAGGGAAAUUCCAGAAGCUAGAUAGACAAGGAGCACCAAUAACAUUUUAUAGGACAAGGUGUCUCUGA